AUGAUGAUGACGACUGCGCCCAAAAAACCCAAAUCAUCGCUUGGUAUCAAGCAACCAGCAGCAACAACAGUCACUGGUACUAUCGUCAUGCUUGAUGAUCCAAAUGAAGAAGAUGAUGUUAAUUCUAUGAAAAGAUCAGCUACGGGAGUCAUAUUAAAUCCCCAACCCCAUGAUUCACCCAAUGAUCCCCUUAACUGGUCAGUAUGGAAACGUGAUUUAUGUUUAUUGAUUAUUGGCUUUGCCAGUUUCCUUGGUGGUGGUCAGUCGCCGCUUUUAGCGGCUGGUUUAGGGUCAUUAGCUACUGAGUUUGAUAAGCCAUUGACUACUAUCUCCUACUUGGUUGGGGGAUUUAUGUUGUCAUUGGGUGUGGGAUCUGUUUUUGCUAGUCCGACUGCUGUGCUCUUUGGAAAGAGAUUAGUGUAUAUUGCAGGCACGUUGAUUUUUAUGUUGGGGGCUAUCUGGGGAGGCGCAGCCAACAGCUUUGGAAAUUUAAUGGGAGCCAGAGUUUUGACUGGUAUUGGAGCAUCCCCUACCGAAUGUCUACCCAGCUCUACAAUUGCUGAAAUCUACUUUGCGCAUGAAAGAGCUUACAGAGUUGGACUUUAUACCAUGUUGAUGUUGGGUGGUAAGAAUAUUAUACCUCUAUUGUCAGCUUUAGUGUUUCAAUAUUUGGAUAGACAUUGGCUAUUCUGGAUUUUGGCUAUAUUCUUGGGAUUCACCACCAUCAUGAUUGUGUUGUUUGUACCUGACACAUUUUGGGAUAGAACACCAACGCCGUCGAAGAGAUCAAUUGCUGAAACUGAAUUGGCGCAAAAUGUCAAAUCGUAUCACCCACCUUCGCAAAGACCAAAUGCAUUUGCAUUGCAAAAUAACCGUCAACAAAAUAGUUCGCAAGAUAUACACAGUCUUUCUUCUUCUGUUGUCGAUUACACCGUACAAGGUGUAACGGAAACACCAGUGGCUAUAACAGAAACAGCCCAACCACAAAUUGACUACAAAAGAAAUAGUUAUUGGAGUGAUUUAAGAAUCUACCAAGGUCGUUUUACCAAAGAUAGCUGGUGGAUGGUUGCCUUGAGACCAUUUGUCUUGUAUACUUACCCCCAUGUGUUAUUUGGAUCCUUUAUCUAUUCAUUAGCUGUUGUGUGGCUUAUUGUGAUUUCAGAAACUAUUGCCGAAAUUUUCAGAAAUCCUCCUUAUGGUUAUAGUCAACAAACAGUUGGUCUUUUCUAUAUAUCACCAUUUAUAGGUGGAAUCAUUGGAUCUUUAUCUUGUGGAUUGAUAUCAGACCGAUUGAGUCGGUACUUUGUUUCUAAAAAUAGGGGUGUUUAUGAACCUGAGUUUAGAUUGAUUAUGAUCAUACCAUCUACAUUGCUUAUAACUAUUGGGUUGAUGGGAUAUGGAUGGUCCUCAAAGGUGCAAGACCCGUGGAUUGCUCCAGUAAUCUUUUUCGGUGCCAUGUCCUGUGGCUCAUCAAUGGCAUCAACAACUGCCAUCACAUUCUCUGUCGAUUCUUACAAGAUGUUUGCGUCAGAGAAUUUGGUUUCAUUUAAUUUUCUUAAAAAUUUACUUGGGUUUUGCUUUUCAUUGUUCAACAAUAAAUACGCUGAUAAACAGGGUUACAAAUCGGCUUAUGUUACUUAUGGAGGUAUUCAAUUGUUUGUUAGUUUGUUUGCUAUACCGUUGUAUAUAUACGGAAAAAGGAUUAGAAAUUGGACCGAUGAAAAAGAAUUGAUGAGGAGUUUGUAUCAUGAAGACAAUGUGCCACCUAGUGUGUCAUCAAAGAGCAAAUAUGACUACGAAGAUGCAUCAAUGAGUAACACGUCAAGCAAAGAACGUACCGGCGAGUAA